GCUACAACCGAUCGCAUCAGUGUCACGCACUACAACCGAUCACAUCAGUGUCACGAACUACAACCGAUUACAUCAGCUUCGCGAACCAUAACCGAUCACAUCAGUGUGCCACUUUUGAAACUCUAUCAUUCUCAGCAUAAACGCGUCUCCCAACAUUUGUACAGGUGCAGUCAUCGGGAGGAUAAACCCUUCUUGCAAACUGCACCUACCAUCAAGAAUAAGAUCAAGUAAUCAACUGGCGCAUCUGAUCCCUGGACCGUCGUUGCUCCUCAACCAACAAGAAGUUCAGCGUGGCCAAGUGCUCACUACUGUAGCCAUUGGGAAUACAAAACUUUCACGUUAACUGAAUGUAUCAUAAAGAAGAGCUUAUGUCAAGUCUAACGUAAAGAAACAUUUUCUGAAGUUUGACCUCUCGUCACGUAAAGGUUGCAAAUUAUUUCCAUUAGAAAGUUUAUCAGGAAAAAUGGCAAAUGUUUUUAUUCUUGAUAAUGGAGGAUACACCAUUAAAGGAGGAUUUUCAAAUCAAAAUGAACCCAGAAUAAUGCCAAAUGCAAUCAUGAAGGCCAAGAGUGAGAGGCGACGUCCUUUUAUAGCCGACCAAGUGGAGGACUGUCGAGAUGCCUCGGGACUCUUCUACAUUCUUCCUUUUCAGAAAGGUUAUUUGGUUAACUGGGACAUUCAAAAAACAAUAUGGGAUUACAUGUUCGGAAAAGAUGUGUUCAAUGUGAAUCACUCCAAUACCACAAUGAUCAUCACUGAGCCAUACUUCAACUUUACUAGUACUCAAGAAGCACUGAGUGAGAUAUUCUUUGAAGAAUAUGAUGUAGAUGCCCUUCUCAGAAUUAAUGGUGGUGACCUGUCUGUCCACAAAUACCAUCGUGACCGACCGCGGGAACUGUGCUGCUUGUUGGUGGAGUCGGGGUUUAGCUUUACACACAUUGUGCCAUAUAUUCAGGGCAAGAAACAGAAGGAUGCCAUCUUGAGGGUUGACAUUGGAGGAAAAGUGCUCACUAAUCACUUAAAAGAACUCAUAUCUUAUAGGCAGCUCAAUGUUAUGGACGAGACGUAUGUGAUUAACCAGGUGAAGGAAGAUGCAUGUUUUGUGUCUCUUGAUUUUAAUGCAGAUAUGGCAAUAGCCAGAAAAGGUAAACAGGAGAAUACAAUUUUACGAGACUAUGUCUUGCCAGAUUUUACCACAAUCAAACGUGGUUAUGUUAGACCACAUGAGGAAUCUACAGGAAAAUCCACUGGUGGUGAACAGUUAAUUCGUCUUAACAAUGAAUGCUUCAGUAUUCCCGAGCUCCUCUUUCGUCCAAGUGAUGUUGGCAUUCAGGAGAUGGGCAUCACUGAAGCAAUUGUUUAUUCUAUAAACAAAUGCCCUGAGGAAACUAGACCUCAUCUCUACAGAAACAUCCUUCUAACUGGUGGUAACUGCAACUUUACAGGGUUUAAGGACCGAGUGUACAAUGAUGUUCGGUCUAUGUCACCCGAUGAAUAUGAUGUUAAUGUCACUCUUGCUAAGAACCCGUCUACAUAUGCCUGGAGAGGAGGGGCUGCUAUCAGCAGGUCUGCACAUUUUCCCGAGAUGUUGGUAACAAAGAGGGAAUGGGAAGAAGAUGGUUUCACCAUUUGCCAAGAGCGGUUUAGUAUUUAAAUUAUAUUAAAAAUAAUUCAUCGCUGAUUAUAAUGAAAUGGCUAUUUCUGGUGGGUGCCCUUAGUGGCACCCUGUACUAACUGCCUGGUUAAUAGCUCCAAACUUGUCAUGCCCCACCAGGCCUUUACAAGUCAUAAAAACCUAUUGGAGACUUUAGGUGUAGAAUUGGUCAACUCAAUAGAGACAAAAGUAGUCUGGGGAUACUAAACCAAUCCAGACCAAGAAGGAAAACCACCAGAAAGAUAGAGCUCUUUCCUUAUUUCUGGGGUGUUGCCCAGUCUCACCGGGCAACACCCCCAGAAAUAAGGAAGAGCUUGAAUCCUAAACAUAGUUCUCGAGUAGGUUCUGAUGCAAACCUCACCAACGAAAAUGCGUUGAGGGAUGAGACCACAGAAACUUUUGUAGGAGCAUAAAAUGAGGUACAAACCAGGGACUCUGAAAUGCACAAAUGGAAAGAGGCAAAGGAGAUACCGAGAUGGAAGUCAAAACAAGCAAGCUGAAUGAAGCAAGGCAUUUGGUUUAAAUGUAACAAGACCAUAAAGAUAGAGACAGGGUAAAUCAUGAACCUCUUCAUAUGAAACUUGUGUACCAUAAGCCCCCUUCCCUCUCUAUUGGAGAGGAAGUAUUAGGGUAAGAGCCUACAUACAUCCCUCUUGGGGGGCCAUAAUUGGGAGGUAGAAAGGUAAGGGGCUUCCAACUUGCUAAAGGUUAGCCCCAGAUAGAUACCUAAAAACACAUUGGGCUGUAAGAGAAUGGUAGACUCUGUGGUCAUCAAAUCCCUGGAAGGAUCAGCUUCAGCUGCUGCUGUCACCACUUCCAAAACCCAGAGAUGCACAAGCUAAAGCAAGAUAAAGCUCCAACCGAUGGAUAAGGGUACGAAGCUGGCAGAGAACACCAAACCCUGGGACGGACUGUAAUGUGUGGAUAGCAAGGCAAAGACACGCAAAGCGGCUACAACCUGCCAGGUCGCAACGUGCAUUGAAAUCGGCCCAAAUGAUUAGAGCGGCAGAGACCCAUAGCUAUCAUCACAAGAGUGCAGGCCUAAUGCUGCUACCACCCGGUCAGAGGUAAACAGCUGUGUGCACCUAUAAGCACACACAGGGCUGCAUGUCCAUAGGUUUCUGGGCUGCAUAAUUUUAACACCCUUUUCUGGUGGGACUCAUUAGCUCUCCAUUUCCUUCUUUCCUGUGGAUCAUUAGGAUUCAGUACUGGCUACUCUGAAGUGAAGUAGGUGGCAAGUUGUGACCUUGGCUGUCCUGGGCCACCAUCUGGAGGUGUUUGGGUUCUUAGCCUGUGGCAAUGAUCAUUUUCCUUGUUUUGCUUCAGAGUUCAUAUACCACAUUACUGUACUUCAGACUCUUGUUUUAUUUCACUUAACCUUACUGGUGGGUUUUUUCUUGGUUCUGGAAAAAUCUGUAAUAGUACUAGUGUCUGGUCGUGGCUCCUGGAAGGCCAGGUGGUUUGGUGUGAUUUUCAAGGCUUGGUUAUAUCAGUGCUUAAUCUCUGGAAGCUACAGAGAAGCCUGCCAGAAAAGGACAUUUCAUUACAGUCAGCAUUUGAUUUUCAAUUUUUACCGAUAUACAAUGCAGGAUUUGAUAAUAUUCGUUAGACGUUUGCAGUUUACUUUUUGAAUAAAGUUGAUACCUCACAUUAGUAUCCAGUUCUCAGUGGCACAGUUUACACAACUGUGUCCACAGUCAUACUAGUUAAUUUACCAGACCAUAUAACAGAUUUGUACCAACUCAAAUUUUAUCUUACAAAUAAAGAUGCUAAAUUCAGAAUAUUAUAAAACAAUGUUCUUAUAAAAGAUUUUAGUUUUUUUAAUUUUGAACAUUAAUACUAGUACAUCAUAUAGGCAAUAGUAAAUUUGUCUUAUGUUGAAUUUCAGCUUUCCUCAUCCUUAUUUGCUGAUAGUGUAGUUUGUGUUCAAGGUUUAUUAUUGAUGUAAAUUGUUUAUUCCUCAGUUGUAUAUAUUUGUCUUGGCUCUUGUAUGAUAUACUUAUGGUACCUCAGCAAUUGUUAUAAAUGGAUGCUUGGAUUCUGUAAGGAGUCUGACUUUCUGUAGCGAGUCUCACUGGUACAGUAUAUCACAUACUUUUCCUAGCUAAAUAUACCAGUUAAUAACUACCGGUAGUCUAUUAUAAUAGAAGCUUAAAUACUGUAAUAGAAAAAGAAAAUGUGUACCGAGUAAAAUUAAACAUUAUAGUGUUUUAUAUGUAUAGUACCUGAUUUUUCAAUAAAUAUUUAAUAUACA